AUGUUCAUAUUGUUCAUGAUGGUGACCUUUAGCGCGACGCUUUAUCUGGUUUUCGGUCGGGAAAAGGGUUGGAUACUGAUACCAGUGGGUGCUCUUGCUUGUAUGCCGGUAACCUCAUUCGUGAUGAUGCAGUUCCCGCUGAACCUGUCGAUGAGGAAUCUGGUGCAGUUUCCCGUGAAGAAUUUGAUGGGAUUGUCGAUGAGGAAUCUGUUGCAGCUCCCGCUUCUAAUUGAUGUGAUUUCUAAUACCUACUUUCUUGGUAUCUUCAGACGGUAUAUGGAAAGAAUUUCUUGCGCGAUCUUCCAUGAGGAAUGA